UCUGAAAGAAUAUGCUUACAGAUUAGUCCAAUAAAAUUUUUGUCAUAAUCGGUUCAGUUGUUUAAUAACUGGUUUUGUCACAACUCAUGUCGGUUUUUUUUGUGGGACAUAAUCGAAUUAUUUUUUAUUUAUUAGACAUAUCAGUUGCAGUUUUGUCUGAAUUGAGAUAAAAAAUCCUUUAUAUAUAUUAAUCGAGGAUGUAAUCCACAUGUGUACCUAAUUUCAUUCAAAACUAUUAAAUCGUAUUCAUUUGCUUAACAAACAUCUUAACAUUUUUACUUUUACAAAGUACAAACUACAUAUGUAAUGGAAUAGUCUACCCAAGAGUAAUUAAUUAACUCUUAUAUAUUUAUUGCAUUUGCAAAUUAGAUACAAAAAUGUAAAUUAGACAAUUCUGAAUAUUAUGAGAAAGACUUAUUUAUGGGAAAGAUUCUCUUCUAGCCUAUGUUUUACGAGAAGUGAACACCAUAUUUAUUUUUAUUUUCAUAAAGAUUUUAUCAUUAAAGUCCAUCAAGUGGUUUACGCUAAAGGUUACGUUAAAGAUUUGCACAUAUUUAUCUAUCUAUAUAAAUUUAUAGAUCACCCGAUACAUAUACUCAAUGUUUUUGGCAAUCGAGUAAAAAGAGGUGGCAUACUGGUACUAUACUAUUUAGUUUAUUUCGUAACUGGCUAAAUGUAAUAUAACAAUGGCGUUUAUAUUCAAAACCACAAAUAUUUUGACAUUAGAUGCAUUCUUAUAGGCCUCGAUAAACUGGCUUCUUAAUAUUAUAUUUUUGGGAAUUUUUAUUCAAGAGCUUCUAUUGACACAUGUAUAAUUUGUCCAUAGUGAUAUAAUGGCUAGUGAUAUAGAUAAAGGCGAUUUCGGUGAUAGUGCCCGCAAUAGACCAGUGAUCGGUUUAAAACUUAAAAGUUCUAACCAUAUAUUCGACGGUGCUGGCGAAAAUAUACAGUACCACAGUGACUCCGAAUCCUUAGGGUCUAGAAAGAGUAAAACACGAUACAUAAAUCCAGCAAUUUAUAUUGAGACUGUAGAAGCUUCGCAUUCUGUGACCUCACUGCAAACCGACUCCUUUGUCGAAGAUGUUACGCCUCACCCGCAUAGUACUUACCGCAGUAAUUCUACUCCAUUCCUUAGUAGCCGCAAGUCUAGUGAUUCGUCAAGUAGCGUACAGAGGAAGUCAUGUCGGUUAAUGAGAAAUGAGGGGCAGUGCCAUGUAGAAGACGAUGAGGAAAUAACGCCUCGGAAUUAUCGCACUUAUCGAGAAGAAGGCCCAGAGACAUUCAGACUGUCUGUUGCAUCAAUAUCAACUACCACAACAGCAAAGGAAGAGCGGGAACGAAAUGAAAAAAGGAAGCAAGAGGCCUUUCAGAAGUGGCUAAUACGGAAGGAACAGGAACAAAGGGCUAAGUUGAAAAUGGAGAAAUUAAAGCGUCAAGCUGUACCCACAACCACUCCAGAGCAACGGGAGGAGUCGUUUCGCCGUUGGUUGGAGCGUAAGCGUAAACAGUCUGAACAACGGCGCGCCGAGGAGAUCAUGCAACAGUAUAGGGACAAUGAACGCAUCGAACGAGAACGUAGCAAGCGCGAGAGGGAUAAGUAUGAGAAACUGAAUGAGUGGAUCCGGAGAAAGGAAGAGGAAAUCAAAGUAAUGAAAACUCAAGAAGAGCGUCGCGCAGCUCGUGCUGCUUUAGAAGAGGAACGGCGUCGAGCGAAUGGAGAUCGCGCGUACCGAGACUGGUUGAGAACCAGCAAAAAUAAACCACUGCCUGUACCACUUAAUCAAGGCGAAUUGAGUAUGCGAGGUUCUGUGUCACAAAUGUACAUAAACCCUGUUCCUUGGCAAUCUUCUAUUUAAGAAUGUAAACAAUUUACAAGACAUAGUAACAAGAUGUGAUGGCGAACUAUUUACAAUAUUAUCAUUUCAUAAUUUUAUAUAUAGAUAUGCAUCAAAAUCUAGAUGUCUGUGUUGUACCUAUAUUUUUCUGUUUAGUAAUUGUGUAUUUUAGAUUAAAUUUUGAAUUUUUAUAUUAACAUUUUGUUGCUUAUGUUAUUUAUUCCAUCAGGUUAACUAUUGUAGUGAAAUAUCAUUAAUUUUUAAUUACAAUUUGAUU